AUGGCGAACACCAAGCUCGCGUUCGUGGCCAUGCUCGUGAUCCUACUGCAAGCGUCCGCGCGGCACCACGCCGGCGGCGACACCCCCGGCGUGAUGACGAUAAACGAUUUCGACAGAGGCGAGGGAUUCGGGCCGUCGGAGUGCGACGGCAGGUACCACAGCAACAGGGACAUGGUGGCGGCGCUGUCCACGCGCUGGUACGAGGGCGGGCGCCGGUGCGAGAGGAUGAUCCGCAUCACCAGCACGCACACCGGGCGCACCGUGGAGGCCAAGGUGGUGGACGAGUGCGACUCCAAGCAAGGGUGCGCGGACGACAUCGUGGACACCUCCCUCGCCGUGUGGAAGGCGCUCGGGCUCGACGCCAACGCCGAUGACGCGGCCGUCAUCACCUGGUCCGACGCCUGA